GAAAUCACGGGUAACUUGGGAUCUGAAUAUGAGAUGGCGUUUCCAUGGCCCAUCUAGCAUAUUAGGCCCAUCUAGCCUCCCACGCCUUCAGGCUCAAGCGCAGUGCAGGCUGCUGAUACGCUCCGACCACAGCCGUCCUCCGCCAGGCACCCAGGCCGCCUCCGCCUCCCUCGCCAUCGCCAGUCGCUCGCCGCCUUGUCCUGCUCCCUCGCCUCUCCUGCUCGGUGCUCGCCAGUCGCCCCCGCUCCCUGGGCACCCGCGUCCCUUGGCUCACCCGACGCCGCCGGCCCACGGUUGGCCUGGCCCCCUCCCCCCUCGCCUGCUCUGCUGCGGCGCUGCUCGCCCGUCGCCCCGCUUCCCUGGCUCACUCCCUCUUUUCGGUCUCUGUCACCCUUCUCACGGAGGAACAAAGGAUCAGAAAUGGCUAUGCAGGCCACAAGGAGGCUAGCGUCUUUGAGCCUCCAACGACGCCUACUCCUUCUCUCUCAGACCGAGGCCCCAAGCAUCCCAACCGCGGCGGCGGCGGCCUUCCUCCACUCCCAUGCCACCAGCUUCGGGUACAAGCAGAUUCGCGAAGAGGAUAAGAGCAAAUUGGUUGGCAACGUGUUCAGCAGUGUGGCUUCCAGCUACGACCUCAUGAACGAUCUCAUGAGUGUCGGCCUGCAUAGGCUGUGGAAGGACAGGCUUAUUUCCAAGCUGAACCCCUUUCCGGCAAUGAAGCAUCUCGAUGUGGCUGGUGGAACAGGUGAUGUUGCUUUUCGUGUACUGGAAAGAAUUAAGAGUGUGAGUCACAGAGCUAUGCAGGGUACACUUACUGAAACCGAAGAAGACACCCACAUUUAUGUCUGUGACAUUAAUCCAAAUAUGCUAAAUGUUGGGAAAAAGCGUGCUGCAGAAAGAGGUUAUAGCGAAGAGCAUUGUCUUAGCUGGAUACAAGGAGACGCAGAAGCUCUGAGUUUUGAGGAUGGAUCUAUGGAUGGUUACACUAUUGCAUUUGGGAUCAGAAAUGUGACGCACAUUGAGAAAGCUCUAUCAGAAGCUUACAGGGUUCUAAAGCGAGGGGGGAGGUUCCUAUGCUUGGAGUUGAGUCAUGUGGAUGUCCCUGUUUUUAAAGAGAUUUAUGAUGUUUACUCGUUUUCUGUGAUUCCGACUAUUGGAGAGCUGGUUGCUGGUGAUCGGCAGUCGUACCAAUACUUGGUUGAGAGCAUCCGUCGGUUUCCAAAUCAGGAAAAGUUUGCUCAGAUGAUUCAGGAAGCCGGAUUCCAGAGGGUGGAAUAUGAGAACCUCGUGGGUGGUGUAGUUGCCAUUCAUUCUGGACUGAAACUGUAGAGCUGAAUACGGAUGGAUGUUUUUUAUCAUUCAUGCGUGCACCGCACCUUCUAAAAACAAUAAAUUCUACAAUAAGCAGUACUCCUGCAAUAUAUUUUGUUAAUGUUGUUUUUGAAAUGAAUUCUAUAACAUCAAACUGAUUUUAUUACAUAUCUCCUGCAAUAUAUUUUGAUAAAGAA